CCUUCAUAUAUCUCUUCUCCAUCAUAGUUGAUCUCCUUGACUCUUGUAGUAUGGAGUGAUUCCACUGAGACCUUAAAACCAGCAUCACCAUUGGACGCCAUGUGUGACUUGUGGGCAGAUCAAACCAUCCCACUUUAAGUGGGGUUGCAUGCUCUCUUUUCAUUAAUCUUUUGUCUCCGAGUUUGUCUCUUUUACCAUUUUCACCUAUUCUCUUGCUUUUUGAUUAAGAACACUUCUUAAAAAAAAUGGCAGAAAACACAAGUCCAGCUAUCACUAUGACUUGUGAGGUUUGUUCAGAGUAUUACACUGACCCCCUCAUGCUUCCCUGUCUUCACUCAUUCUGUAAGAAGUGUCUAAUAAAAGCUAAAGAGAAGCAAGGUAGUGCUGAUACCUCAUUAAAGUGUCCAACGUGUGACACUAGCGUUAAUUUACCUGAUGGUAAAAUUGAAGGCCUCACUCAAAACCUUUGGCUAGCUCAACAAGUGAAGGAAGCAUCCGUAAAGGAUAAAAUGAGCAAGAAAGAAAGCACAUUAUGCGAGCAAUGCAGUGACGAUACUGCUGUCACGUUUUGCUGUGAGUGUUGGCUGUUUUUAUGUGAUUUCUGCAAGACAGCACAUAAAAGAAUAAAAAUCACGAGUCAGCACAAACUGGUUAACAUGGGAAAGGAGAGUGUCAUUGAAGAAUUGCCUGUUACAGCACAGCAGCCAGUCUAUUGUCCACGACACCCACGAUCAGAGCUAUUAUACUACUGCAAUGAUUGUGAAGUAAUGACCUGCCUCAAUUGCCUACCUACUAAGCAUAAGGAUCAUGCUUAUGAUGAUUACAUUGACGUAGGAGAAACAGCACGUAAAGCAUUAAAGGAAAGUGUUGGUAGUUGUGAUGGAGUCAUUCCUCCAGUCACUGAAGCUAUUGCUAAUGGAGAGAAGAUGCUAGAGCAGAUAGCAACACGUAAAGAAGAAGUAAGGCAGAAAAUCAAGGAAACGUUUGAAAAGCUUAAAGCUGCUUUAGAUAAGAGAUGCAAUGAUCUACUAAUGGAGACAGAAGAGAUUGCUAGCGCUAAGAGGAAUUCAGUCAAGAAGCAGUUGGACAGGUUUCAUAAACUGGUAAAACAGGUUUCUCAUGGUCGUCAUCUUGCAUCAUCAGUGAGUGAGCGUACUGAUCCAGGUGAAGUUCUCAGCGUUAAGAAGCUAAUCACGAAUCAACUAGAGGAAUGCAUUGAAGAGUAUAAGAAACUACCUCUAGAAAUAGAAGAAAAUGAAGCAAUUUUAACAAGCCUUGACACCACUGUCAUAAGCAAUGAAAUUGGUAAAUAUGGUGGUGUUUUUAAAGUUGAUGCAGAUUUUUAUUCUGUCGAUAGUGGGCAAGCCAUUCCUCUAGCGACAGUACAGAAGGAACGGAAAUUUAAGCUGGCAAUUAAUAUUCCUGUACCUCUAGAUAAAGCCUUGCAGCACGUUCAUGCUUCCUUUACCAAAAAUGAUGGCAGUAAAGAGGAGGGUAGAGUUGUUAAUGAUAACAACACAGCCAUUGUAUCAUGCACACCUAAAAAUAAUGGUGGAUAUGAACUAUCAGUGACUGUAAGAGGUCACCAUAUUAAAGGUAGUCCUUAUCAACUGUCAGUAAAAGCAUCAAGAGACUAUACCACACUAACUAACCAGAGAUCCUUUAAUGUGGGGAGUCGUACUCCUGGUGUUGCUGUUCAUACUAAUGGUGAAGUAUUUGCUAGUAGUCAUAAUGGUGGGUUUGUUCAGGUAUUUAGUGAGGAUGGUACUGCAGUAAGAAGGAUUGGAUCUAAAGGUAACGGUGGUGGAGAAUUUCAAUGUACUUGGGGUUUAUUGCUGGUAGGAGACAGGCUCUAUGUGUCUGAUGUUACUCUUCAUCGUGCGCAGUAUUUCUCAGCUACUACUGGUCAGUAUAUUGGUCAGUUUGGUAGUAAUGGUAAUAGAAAUGGACAAUUCUCUACUCCUCAUGGUAUGUCUACUGAUGGUAAAGGUAAUAUAUUAGUAGCUGAUUAUGGCAACAAAAGAGUACAAGUGUUUAAAGAAGAUGGUACAUUUGUACAAGUCAUACAAUGUGAUGGUAAUGCAUCUGAUGUAGCAGUUGAUAAUGAAGGAAAGAUACACGUUACCAUUAGUGAUCAAAGUCAUGUUCAAGUCUUCUCUCCUGAUGGUAAAAACCAACUUGAUGCAUACAAAAAUAACAUCAGUUCUCCUCAAGGUAUUGCCAUUGAUGACGAAGGAUAUAUCUUUGUUUUAAAUAACAAUAGCUGCCUUGAUGUAUUGAGUCCUGACAGGAAACAUGUCAUCAAAUCAAUUUCAUUUGCUCAAAUAUAUGGUGUAGCACUGGAUAAGGAUGGAUAUAUUUAUGUUGCAGAUUAUGGCAACAGUCGUAUAAUGAAGUAUUAAAGUAAUCGUUAAAAAACUGCAAUAAACUAUAAGCUGAUAGUCAUAAUAUGUAGUGACUUUAGAACUAUAGAUGUGUAAACUUAGACCUA